UCCAAAAAUGGCUGCCAUCAUUAGAAACCAAUGUAAACAUUUUUACCAAAACCCCGUCCUUUUAAGCGAAUAAUGAAUAAUAAUGGAUGGAAAAGUGAAAUCCAGAGGAACAACAUCCGUACCAAGUUCUGUAGGUCGGCAGAUUGGUGUUCUACCUGUUGGCAAUCCACCGGUUCGUCCCAGAAAACCUAAAUCGAGCAAUUCCUUUACUCUCCCUAUUACUGAUAGUGGAAGAACAAAAAUAAGCCCUCCAAGUCCUCACAGUUCAAGAAGUCAGAGACUAAGUUAUAGAGGACCAAUUACUCAGGAUGCUGCUUACAGUCAGGGUUUACAAGAAAAUGAUAUCAAAUUUGUCAAUGUUCCAAACAGAAAAGUUAGUGCACAAAGACUACCACCUUCCAGUUUAGUACAAAAAGCCAGGCGUCCCCCGCUGAAUUCAAUUGAAACUGAUCUUGACCAUGUGGUAGACAUCCCAAACAGAAAAUUAAGUGGCAGUAAACGUCCCUCAUCUGGAUCUGCUAAAAGACGCAGUCGUCCUUCAUCAGGCAAUCAACAGACAGAUGCACCGAAAGAACUUGAUGAUGAUGAUGAAAUAUCUCAUAAGUUUAAGACUAUAUCUGAGCAUGAAAUUCUUGAAGCCAACCAUGAGAGAGAUCCAGAGAAGAUAUAUGAGAUAAACCUGUAUGCUGCUGACCUGACAAAGAUCAACAAUUUACAAAGAUUUAAGAAAUUGAGAGUGCUUGAUUUAUCCUGCAAUUAUAUUGAAAGAAUUGAAAACCUAAGUGAAAAUGUGGAUAUCAGAGAGCUAAAAAUGUAUGGAAAUAGGAUACACCAGUUGGAAAAUCUAUAUAGUUUGAAGGAGUUGAGCAAUUUACAGUUACAACACAAUAAGAUUAAAACUAUAGGAAAAAGUUUGAGUGGGUGUACAAAGAUAAGGACAUUGAACCUGAGCUCUAAUCACUUGAUGAGGAUAGAAUCUCCAGAACUGUCGUGUUGUUCACAUCUCACUGUCCUUGACCUUAGUAGUAAUAUGUUAGAUAACUUUUCUUUUGUAAACUACUUACCAAAUUUAGAAGAAUUAAAUGCAAGUAAUAAUCGUUUGCGGACUGUGGAUUUUAAUCGGUGUAAAAAACUACAAGAUAUAGACUUGUCAGGAAAUGAUUUAAAAGAUAUAAAUGGACUUAAAGGAAUGGGGAACUUACAGAUACUUAAUAUUUCUAAUAAUAGAAUUACAACAAUUAAACCGGUUGGAAAACUUAAGUUAUUAACAGAGUUAUAUGCUGCAGACAACCACAUAUCUGAGUUAUCAUAUAUACCACCUUCUUUUCCUGUGUUAGAAAUUUUAAAUAUUAGCAGAAAUAAUAUUUCUUCGUUUGAAGAAGUGUGCUCCUUGAACAGUUUAGAAGAAUUAUCAGAAUUAUUUAUAUCUGGAAAUCCGUUCUCCAACGAUGAUGAUGGCAUUCAUAUAUCAUAUAUGUCAGAUAUUCAGGCAGAAUUUUCUAAUCUGGAUAUUCUGGAUGGGGCACAUCUGAAAAGAGCUGCUCAUAGAGGUGCUCCAUUGAUGAGGCCAAUGACUGCUUCAACUAUAAUAACAGUAAGGCAGGUAGAAACACAGAUGAAACAAAUGGACAGUGAUAUGAAAUCUAUAGAAAAUGAUUUUAUGGAAAGAAUGGAACAGCUGAAGUCCACAUUAGACAAAUUACCAUCACAACCUUCAGAUUCUAGCAGAUCACCUAAAAACAAUGUAUCACAGUCUAUACACUUUACUAAAACAUCAAGUCAUUCCAGAAUUAGAGAUGCUUUAAAAUUUGCUGCUGAAGGCCUUGAUGGUGAAAGUACAGAAAACUGACCAAAGUUUUAUUGCUAGUGCUUCAGAUUAGCCAGUGCAGGUGUUAAACAAUUAAAACUGUUGUGUGUAUAACUCUUACCAAGAAAGUGUAACUGCCACUUUCAUUUGGUUCACUCGGGGGUUUUCAGCAUAGACUCCAUAAAAAAGGUUGUGAUGCAGAUAUACAGGUCAACUGCUAUCAAAGACUCAUUAAAAGUGUGUUAUAUAGGACAUGAUAUUUUCAAAUAUAAUUUAUAUGAUAUUAUUCAGUCCUAUCAGUUACAUCUAUGUAUAAAAUGAUGUUUUUUUGCCAAGACAGUCUUCUAAAAUCCCAAUUUAUGCUGGUUUUUUAUUUCACUUUUGUUGUGCAAAAUACUUUCAUGUGUGAAGCUUCAUGUAGUUCCAUUUUUAUGGAUGCACUGUUCCUGACAAAGAAGGGAAAAGAAAACUGCCAUUUUCUAUGGAAAAGUAUUCAAAUAGUUUAGAUUUUUUUGUCUGCAAAAAAUAUGAACCUAUGAAUUUUAAUUAACAGAACUUAGAAAAAAAAUCACUACAAAAUAUGUACAAACUAGUAUACUUGUCAAGGGACUAUGCAUAGUAAAUGAAGGAAAUGUGAUAGUGGUUUUUUAAACAGUCCUCCUAAAAUUUAAUCGAUAUCUUCACAGUUCAACUUCCUGAUAACGAUCAAUAAUUAAUUCUACAUUCUGAUAUUCAGAAUAUAAAAUGUUUGCACAUUUAUUUAAUAUGUCAUCUUGAAAAGAUUGUUGUACAUUCUUUUCUAUUCACUCAUAUAUAUUUAUUAAUUUAUUUUUGUAUACAAGAUGUAUAUUUACUGUUGCAUUUGAAAUAAUUAUAAAUUUUGAAAAAUUAUUUAUAUGGGUUAAGUUUAUAUUUGUAGUGUGGAAAUAUUAUUUAUAUCAAAAAUAUAAUAAUACAAAUGUACUUAACAAAUGCAUAAUUUUUUUAUGAAAAACCAAAGUUAUAACUUAAUGUUUAGUGUUUAUGUAAAAGUAUUCAAUUCACUGCCUUCUUAUUUAUAUCCAACACAAUAUAAUUUCAGUAUUAGACCCCGUUCACACUAGGACAUUUUUAUCAAUUUAAACUAGACCAGUUCACUUUAUAUCAAUUUAAGGGGUAAUGUGAACACUUUGAAUCGAUCUUCAAUCGGUCUAAACUAAAACACCAAAAGAGGUAGUUUAGUUUGAAUCGAUCUAAAAUAAACCGAUCUUACUUUAAAUGUGAACGCAGAGAUCGGUUUAAACUUGUACGAUUAAAUCGAAAUAACUUAUGUGCAUGUGUAGCGGUAAAACUUUCUCAGUUGGAAAUCUUCUUGUAUCAAAAUAUUUAAUUCUUAGCUGAUUUAUACUGAUGGUUUAAUAGCCAAUGCUUGUGGUUUGCUUGUCUCAUAUUUCCAUUGGUCAAAAUACUAUUACAACCUUUUAAAUUUCCCUGUUCGUUACUGGUUCUGCAUCACAAUUUGGUUGACAGAUAUGAUGCAUCUUUGUCCAAAUUUGCUAGAGAUUUGUUUAAGUCUUAUAUUCUUUGAAUACUAGAAUAGUCAUCUGAUCUAUAUUUCACUAGUCAUUUAAUCAUAAUUUUAACAGGGUUGGUAGGGGUUAUCAUACAUAGCAAGACACACCUACAUGUUUGAAGUUCAUGGUAUUUCCACAGUUAUAGUAUUGUUCACAUUCAUUUAUUUCUUCUAAAGGGAUUUUAUGAUAUUUAAACAUGGGUAAACUACUAUGACCUCUAAUCUGACAAGAACAAUGUAUAAUAAUAAUAAUAAUUAUAUUAAUAAUUCUUUAUCUAAAGAGGGUUACUCUGUUAGCUAUUCCACUAAUCUUCCCAUAUACAAGGAAAUGUUUUUUCUACCAUAACUACCAGUAUAAAAAAAUCACUGAUUCUUUAUAUUUUUGGAAAAUAUUUUUAAGACAGAUUUCACCUCUUUUUCUAGUGCAAUGUGAUUUUACAAGUAGUGCUUUUACAGUAAUUUGAGUUACAAGUGAUGUUAUAAUUUCAAUUUACAUGUUAUAUACAUGUAGUACAUGUUAGUGGAAUUAGCAUCAUUCUAGAAUAGCCUGUCAUGUUUAAUUUCAUUCCUGUUCCAUAGAUUUUGAUACAUGUAUGACAUGUUUUGUUUGUGCUAUUAUUGUGUAUUUUGUUGAUUGUAAAUGAACAUUGCUGUAUAAUUUAGAGAAUAAAUAACAGUUUUUAAUUUC